AUGGCACUAAUGAAAGAGACUGGGGAAAUAAAUAUACAAAAUAACAUGAGCGGACGACCUUAUGCCCGCAAUCCACGCGCUCCAUACACAGGACCAAGAGAUGUAGAAGCGAUACUGCCGCACACAUUUCGUCUUGAAGUACCAGUACUUUAUCCUCGAGAUGUAAAACAUGAAGCUAUUCGAAGUGCCAUUCGUCGCCGUUGUAUGCAAAAGAAUUGGCGUAAAAUGAUCAGUCUUCGACAUGGUCGACUUCAAGGUGAAGUUGUGGCGAAAGAAGGCAUUGAAGAGAGCAUCAAUGAGGAGAAACAAGCGCAGCAGACGAAUGACUUGGAGGAACAGCACGAGACUGUGGCUGCAGUUAAAAAACAAUUGCAGCAACUUGAGCUCAAGCUGAAGGAAUUAACGGACCAGAAACACGCCAAGUUUCAAUUGCUGAAAGAGAUUUUAGUGGAGGAAGCUAGAUCAAAGACGACUGGAGGAGGAAGUGCCGGUCCGACGAUGGCCAUGAAGAAACGACGUGUAGAGGUUCAAGAGUCUAGUACGACGCCAUGUGCAUCCAAGAUUCAGUCUCCAGUUCAUUUGAAGGAGGGGACGGAUCCGUUUGCUACGAGUGGUUCCAACCCUUCUGACAAGCCAGAAGAGUGUGAGUACUGA